GAACUACAUCACAGGCCAGACCCUAAUCCUGCCCAACAACCUUCACCUCAUCUUCAGUGCCACAGCCACAGCUAAAAUCCUAAUGACGUCACACCCAGCUGAGGACAAAGCCCACUCUCCCAGACAGAAAGGUGGGGGGGUGGCUGUCAGGGUGGGGAAAGAAAGAUGUCUACUUGCAGAUGCUUGAUGAAAUCCACCAUCUAAACAUGCAUGUGAUGUGGCGGCUUGAGUGUGUGUGUGUGUGUGUGCAUACAGGUGUGCCUAAUGAAUAUGCCAAUGCCAGCAUGGCCUGCUUGUCAGGACAAGGGGAUGACCCUGCAGUGGAUGUGUGCAUUAUAGCACUGCACCAAUGCAUUUGAACACUGCAUGCAAUCCCCAUGUGCAAUAGCAUCCCCACAACUGUGUGCUUUAUGGUGAUGAACACCACAAAGCAAAAAAGGCAACUGAUUUUAUGAGCUACAGUCAUACAAUUACUAUCACGUUGUAUUAAACCACCGCAGCCUGUACAUAAUAAAGGCACAGUAGUGAUGAAGGCAGACAAAGCAGGGGAACGCCCCCCUCCGCCCAGCAAGCUACUGUCAGGCCAUCAACUGGUUCAGGCUGGAUUCCAGUCAUUCUUAGGCUCACAGAUUUAUCAGCCAAAUAAUGACACACGAUGACCAGCAUUAAGAGAGCAACUGGAACGAGCCGGAGUGGUUCCCCCAUAUAUGGUGCUAUAUUUAAAGUUGGCACAAAGCAGAUAAGCUUACAAAAGACAGUGAAGCCUGCUUACCCAAAUAUGUGCACUUUGGGAGGAAAAUCACAGCUUGGCGUUUGGCCGUUUUGGAUGUGUCAGUUUUUCUGUCGUUUUGGUUGAUGGAUUCCAGGUAGGUUCGAGAACCCUACAGGGCCAAAAAAUCGACUACAAAGCACAAAAUAACCGUCAAUCGCCCUUUUCUGUGUCUUUGGGAUCGUUCUCGUACUCUCUCUUGAAACGCAGCUCACUGUUUGUAUUACCACGUCCCUUCUUCUCCUAUGUGUGGCUUUUUUCAGGGCUCGCUGUUGUUGUCGUUGUUCCAACCUUCGGUUGAUAGUUCUUCCCUGCGCCUUUAAGCGACGGCGUUUCCGGGGUUACUACUUAAUACAUAAAAGGCGGGACUUUGCUGCCAGCUGAGCGCUUGUCAUUUAUGCAAUUGGCUGUUGCCGUUCGACGUAGCCAAUCAGCUCUUUUUAUCAAAACAUGCAGAUAUAUUCAAAGAUAUCAAACUGUGAUUGGACGUCUCGGAACGACUGGGAUACGCCCAGUACACGUGCUUUCAUUCUCUCUUCCCAGUCUUCAUUCUUUAGUGUCCGAAACUUACAGUGAACAUGAAUACAUCUAAUAUGACCAAACCCAUGUUUUGACAAAAAGACAAACGUCACAGUUUACAGUUCUGGUAUCAAGCCAAAACACACACGACAGCGAUGCAAUCCAUCGUCACAGGAUCGUGGUGACUCGCAUCUUUUCUUCAGUUUGAACAGAACAGGCAAUAGCCAUGUUGUCACACAGCUAAAAAUAGACCUUGUAUCCCCACAGUGUUCACUACACCCAUCCAAGCCCAGGGCUGAUAACUGUGCUCUUGUGUAAAUAGUGGAAUAGUGGGAGUGGAAUCUAUAAUGCUUUUUUAUUAUAUUAUUUAUUGCACCCUUGUUCUGGUCUAGAUAUGGAUAUAAGGUUGCACCUGCAACACUACAAAUAACAGUCAAACAAUGAAUAUAUUCUACAUACAUUUUACAUAUAGUUUUACCAAAACACACUGUUCCGGAGGAUUAAAAAAAUCAAUUAUCAUGUAUAGUACUAUAAAUCUGAUGCAUAUAUACUGUGAUCAUGAUUACAAGCUGUAUAAACUAUAUGUAAAAAAUGUUAAAAUUAUCAUUAUUAUUCAUUGCAAAUGCAACAUUUAAAAAAAAACGAUUUUUUUUUUCAAGUUCAUCAUUGUACCACUUCGUGCACAAAGGUAAUGCUAAUUGUACCUUUGACCCUUGAGCUAAGAUCCUGGAAGCAUACAUGUACACUUUGGCCAUGAAAAAGCUACAGACGUUUAUCUCAGAGCAUAAUAAUAGUCCACUUUAAUUUUUUAGGGUGUACAUUAUUGUAAACUGCACCGCGUGGAGAAGAAAAUGUUUUAAGCAGCAUCUCAGUUUUCAUAGUUCUGUCAAUGGCGCCCUCUGCUGUUAGCUUAAAGAUGUGGCAACCAGCAGCAAUGUGAAUCCGAUAGGCUAUGUAGUACUCGCGUGCACUGCUCAAAAAAAUAAAAGGGAACACUAAAAUAGCACAUCCUAGAUUUGAAUAAAUGAAAUAUUCUGAUCAAAUACUUUGUUCUUUACAAAGUUGAAUGUGCUGACAACAAAAUCACACAAAAAUGAUCAAUGGAAAUCAAAUGUAUUAUUAUUAUUGUUGUGGGUUUCUGGCUGUCCACAUUGUCAAUCUGUGUUGUGUGAUUUACAUUGUGAGUGAUUAAGUGUUCCCUUUAUUUUUUAGCAGUUUAUAUUCCUAUAUAUAUAUUGUUAUACCGUAAACACCUAAAAGGACAUUCGUUUACUUAGUAUUACAGUUGAUUUUCACUGAUCACCUUCUGCUUGAGCACCUCAAAUUAAAUACAGUAAUGAAUUCAGCAAUCGCUCGUAAAUAGCAUGGUAUGUAAAAUUUAGUUUCGUGUAUUUUUUUUUACACGAUACCGAACUUCCAUAAAGAGUGUGGUGUGAAACCGGAACCAAAGUGCAUCCGUCGGAAUUAACUCAAUGUGACAUCUCCCAGUGGCACUGUGUAAUACGUACCCGGAACGCAAUCCGUUCAACUGGGAUCUACGCAUGUGUAGAACGCGUCACUUAUAAAAAUAACUUCCCAACAUAUUACAUAUAUAUAAAGUAUUGUUAUUGACCAUUUAUGUUCAUACAUUAAAAAAAGAAUAACUACCACAGUGCGUGACGGCGCAGAAACGCUGUUGUAAAAGGUAGCUAAAGGUGGAAGUGACUUAGUCCUUGCACAUGCGCGGGACCGAUUGCGUUCCGGGUACGUAUUACGCAGUGACAACCGGAAAUAAACAACUCAACGUCAGUAGUGGGAGUCCUGUGAGUGGUGUCUGCUUAUAACAGCGAUGGCGUCAGUUCGGUAUUUAAAACAAUUUGUUAACGAGAGACUUACCGCUGCUGCUGAAGAAAUAUUUGGUGUUUUUGAGAGGGCCAUCGUCGAAUACAAGGAGGAGCUUGAUCGUCAGCGUCGACUGGUGGAUAUCCUCUGGAAACCCCAAAUAAAAGUGUACAGGAUAGAGGUUCAACAUGUAGAGGAUGAAGAGGUUUUGACGGAGCAGAAGCUUUGUAAGGAGAAUUGCAGUCUGGGGCAAGAUGAACCACAACCUCCACUGGAUGAGGACACAAAUGUAGCCAUGACAGAGCCACAAAAUGUGGACAAGGAGCAGCAGAACCCCUUUUUGGACCAGGAGGAGCCAGAAACUCUACAAAUUAAGGAGGAACCCUGCAGCAGUCUCGAGGGAGAAGCGCUGGAUACAUUUUUAUCUGUUCCUGUUGGUGAAGAAAACUACAAGACGGCGGAUCCCAUUUUGGGUUCGAGUCCGGGUGAAAGUCCAUCAGAGGAUCAAACUGGUUGCUUUGCAGCUCUAGAAGCAGGUGAUGAAAACAUAAGGGGCGACAUGAACAGUAAGUUGUUCAAAUGCGACUGUUGCGGGAAAGGUUUUCGUUUUCGUUGCAAACUAAGACGACACAUGCUGACCCACACUGGAGUGAAGCCUUAUUCCUGCAAGACAUGCGGGAAGACAUUCAACCAAAGGUCUAAUCUCAAAAGACACAUAAUGAUCCACACAGAAGAGAAGCCUUAUUCCUGCAAAACAUGUGGGAGGCAAUUUAGGAACACGCAUGAGGUGCUCACUCACGCCAGGACUCACACAGGUGAGAAGCCAUAUCCUUGCAACACCUGUGGGAAGAGCUUCACUCAGUUGUCCAUACUUAAAAGACACAUCAUGGUCCAUACCGGGGAGAAGCCAUUCCUCUGCAACACAUGUGGGAGAAGUUUUAGCGACUUGUCUGUGCUGAAAAGACACGUGAUGGUCCACACAGGAGAGAAGCCGUACUUGUGCAACAUUUGUGGGAAGAGAUUCCGAGCUAACGGUACCUUGACUAAACACAGGAGGAGAGUGCAUGUGGGGGAGGAACCACACCACUGCCCCUCAAAGGGCAAUUGUGCUUAGGAGACACAGUUGCUUAUAUAACAACAUAUUCAAUACCACCGACAGGACAUAGAUUUUCAGCCUUAGUGGAGGUCACUGUCCAUCUGAGUGGUUGUGCUUGUAUGUUUUAGUGGUGUCUCAAUCAGUUAUUGAAAUUGGAUAUCGGUCCGAUAUCAGCCUGCAUCUAAAAUCUCUGAUAUUGGUACUACAAUAUAAACAGUCGAUUCCAGACUCCACAGACUCGCUUCCAGCAGCACAUAGAACUCUGUGAUCACAACAACGUGUGCUAGUGUGUUUAGCAAGAGUAGAAGUGAUGUCAGCCGUGUGGCUGUUUUGUCGUUGAAGUCCAAAAAAGACCUGAGUUUCCCAUGGUGGUACAGAACCGGGUGAGUUUAAUAUGAUCAACCUCAUUAAGCAAUACUACGGCCUGCUAAAACAUCCACCGCUGUUUGACACAUUUGCAAAGCAUUGAGAAACUCCUACGGGACGGCAAAAAGUCAUUGGCUGUAACAGAAAAGAGCCAGCCCGUCCGUGGUGAGUAAAUUUGUGUUUAAACGCUUUAGGAAAUGACUUUUUCCUCAUACCUUGUUGUGAUUCAUAGUCACAGUCAGACGGCUUUGCCCACCACAUCAAUCAUGACGGGCAGCUGCUGGGCCUGUUGGACUGCUGUCUGUCAUACGAAUUCUGCGACACACUAGAGCAGUGCCUAUUCCAAUCAGCAACAGACCUGUUAUAGUUCCGAAUAGGUACAUGUCUUUGAUGUCCUCAAUGGCAAGAAUCGCUAUGCACAUGACCCUCCACCUCUCCCACCCAUCCAUCACGUAGCCGGCGGUGAACGUUCCAUCAGGGCAGACAGGUUCCCCCGAACCCAAGCUUUUUGUCAAGAAGACUAUCAAUUACGUGGAGAGACCAGUUUAUCAAUUCUAUGAUUUAGAUUUGGAAUUUGCAAUGCAGAGAGUGGCUCUUAAAAUGUAUGAGACAGGACAAAAUGAGACAUGAGAAGCAAAGUAAGGGAGAGGGAAAAGAGGCGACUGUCUUCGUUGACAGCCAGCAGAAUAUUAUUUGCUUUUCAGGGGCUUGUCUGACAUUCCAUGCUACUAAACAAGUAAUAAAAGUAUGUAUGGCCUGUGCUAAUAUCGCCUUGAUAUUCAAACCUGCAAUAUCGGAAGUGGAAAAGGUUGUAUCAGGACACCCCUCGUAUGUUUAUACGUAUGUUUGCAAGAUUACUCCAAAUGUUGAGAAUGUAUUUUAAAUACAAAAUUAUGUUUGUUGUGUGUCUACAGUUUUUUGUCAGCUGCCUUGUGUAUGUAUUUUUCUUUUUUGGAUGUAAUAUUUCUUUUGCAUGCAUUCUUUCAAGAUAACACGAACAGCUUAAAAUGAAGUGGAAAAGGUAGUUUAAAAUGACCAUCCUCUUCCACUGGAGAAUCAGUUUACACUGUCAACUUGCAUAAAAGAAUCUUCUCUCAGUAUUACAACCACCGUGUGUUCCUGAAGCCACAUUGUUAAUUGAUGGAAAAAUAAUUAUUUUUGUUACUUAUUAGUCUUGUUUACUUCUCAGCACUUUUUCUGGACAAAAACACAAAAUCUGCCAGCCCCUCAGCACAACCAUAAGAAAAUAUGACGGUUGCUUCUUUUGUCAGUCAAUAAAAUUUAAUUCUAGUGAGAAAAA